CCCGCUGCUCGCGCCGCCACGCGCCUCCGCCCGCCUUCCCUCCUCAUUGGCCGCACGCCACGUGCGCCCGCCCGCCCUCUCUCCUCAUUGGCGAAGAUCCCUACCGCCCAUCGCGACCAUUGGCUGGUGGUGCUGUCAGUCUUACGCCGCCGGCCCGCCCCCCGCUGAGGUGCCGGCGACUCCCAUUGGUACAGAAUGGCUGCGCCACGUCUGAUUGGUCUGGCUCCACGGCUCGCUAUUGGCCGCCAGCCACUCCAUUCCCGGAGAACCGCCUUUUUCCUGUGUUCUCCACGCCUUUCACUCUCCAUUGGCUGUUAAAGUGUCAAUAUCAGCGCCCCUCCCACCCGCUGUCUUUUAUUGGCUGAGGGAGCGCCGGGAGGCCCGCCUCAAUCAAUAUGGCGGCUGGCAGGGUGGGCGCGCAGCAGCUCUGAGGCGCUGCGGAAAGGUGAUGGCGGGGGUCGGAGGCGGGGGGGACCCCCGGGAGCCUCCCCGGAACCUUCAGGGCCUUUUAGAGAUGGCGGUGGCGGCCACCGGGUCUCAAACGGAGCCUCGUGAGCCGAUGGGCGAGGAGCGGCAGCGGUGGCUGAGGGCGGCCGUGGCCGAGGCUCUGGGAGGCACCGGGCAGGAGAUAGAGGAGCUGCGGCGCUGCCUGGAGGUGUUGGCCCGGCCGUGUCCCGGGGAAGAAGCGGCCGAAAGGGGCCCGGGAGAGACGGCGUCCCACGAACGGGCCUUGGAGAUCCUGGCAGAGCUGUGCGAGAGUCUCGAUAACGCAACAGAUUUCUGUGCCCUCGGAGGACUGGAGGUGGUGUUGGGGCUGCUGGGACAUCCAUGGGCCCCUCUGCGUGCUGGGGCUGCCCGGGUGGUGGGGGCGUGUGCCCAGAACCUGCCGGGAGCCCAGGGGAGGGCGCUGGCACUGGGGGCCCUUCCUGCUCUCCUGGAGUGUCUGCGGGGGGACCCUGAUCCCCGUGUGCCCCCCCGUGCCCUCUUUGCUGUCUCCUGCUUAGUGCGGGCUCAAGCUGAGGGCCUAGCCCAGUUUGAAAGCCUAGGGGGACUGGAGGUGCUGGGGGGGGCCCUGCAGAGCCCCCAGGCCCCUCUGCGUGCCCGAGCUGCCUUCCUGCUGCACAGCCUGUUGCGUGAGCACCCCCACCUCAAGGGUGAGUACCCCACCCCUCACCCCCAUCAGAACCCCUGGCAGACACCCUUCUCUCUCUAGGAUCUCUUCCCAAAU